AUGGAAACUGUACAUUCUGGGUUCGAUGAAUCAAUCGGUGAUACCAAUAAUCGAUUCAGUGGCGAGUUUAAAGACCCGAAAAAAACCUUUAGCGAAGAUGAGAUUAAGGGGAUCAUUAAAGAGGUUGUAGAAGAUACAAUAUUGCAAGACUCUGCUUACCUCCAUAGUAGAAUAUCAAUCUGGAACGCUGCUAUUACAUUGAUCCUGGGAACGGAGCGGGUAUCCAUGCUACCACUACUUGUUAUUGGGAUGCCAAAUUCGAUGGAAGCACCACUUACAGACAUGACACUAAUAGCAUGUAUGUCAUCGUCAAUGUUUGGGGAUU